UCUUUUAUAGGCAAUGGAGUCGCUUACAUUUUGUAGAUAAGUUAUUUUCCAAAUGAGUUUCCAUAAGGAGAACCUUGAUUUGGUUUUGGUACCAAGUGGGCUUCUGGUCAUGUUUGGAUACCACCUAUGGCUUCUCUAUAGAUGUCUCAAUUGCCCUCACACCACAACUAUUGGCUUUGAAAACAAUGACAAAAAAGCUUGGGUCGACAAAAUCAUGAAGAUGGAAAACAAUGACUUUGCGGUUCCUCUAAACGUGCUUUCCUACAAUAUAUCAUCAUCAAAUUUCAUGUCAUCCAUAUGUCUAACUCUUUGUGCGGUCAUCGGCACUUUGGUUGCAAACAGUUCUUCAGUGUUUCAAAGCAAGUUCAUCUAUGGAGAUGCAAAUUCAUCAACAAUAUCAAUAAAACACAUAAGCCUCUUGGUUUGUUUUCUCUUGGCCUUUGCUUGUUUUAUUGAGUCCACAAGAUCAUUGAUUCAUGCUACUUAUCUAAUAAGUAUGCCAAAUAGCAAUGUGCCAAUAAAAUCAAUUGAAUUGGCUGUGAUUAGGGGUGGUGAUUUUUGGUCACUUGGGCUUAGGGCACUUUAUCUUGCCCUAUUGUUGUUGCUAUGGCUUUUGGGGCCUAUUCCCAUGUUCACAACCUCGAUAAUGAUGGUUUGUGUGCUUUAUUUUCUUGACAAUAACACGGUGCCAUUGCAUGUGCAUCAAAGCACCAAAUCGAUGGAGAUUGGGAGAAAGGUGGCCGAAAUCUUACCAAAUAGUAGAGAGUGAUCUUGAUAUUAUGUAAUGUAAGAGUUUUAUAAUUCAUAUACUUUUCAAAUGUAUAGUAAUUACGUUAAUUCAACACUAUCAUUUGAUAACCAUACAAUAAAAAAGGAAUACAAAUAAAUUUAGAAGAAUUGCAAUAUAGUAUCUGCAAAAUUCUCUUUGAAGGGCA